GCGGCCGCGCCCCGCGCGCGCGCGGCACCUCCCCCGUGAGGGAGGCGAGAAAAUGGCGGCGGCGGCGGCGCCUUGAGCGGCGCGUCCCAGGCUGGACAAACGCUGCUCAGCUAUGGAGAAUGAACCCAGCACAACGACAUGUUCUGCACCCACCACGAGCGUCACCAGCAGCGCCACCUCCCGCCCGCCGCUGCCGCAGAUCUCCGUCUACAGCGGCUCCGACAGACAUGCUGUGCAGGUUAUUCAGCAGGCCUUGCAUCGUCCUCCUAGCUCAGCUGCUCAGUACCUCCAGCAGAUGUAUGCAGCCCAGCAGCAGCACCUAAUGCUGCAGACUGCUGCUCUGCAGCAGCAGCACUUAAGCAGUACCCAAUUUCAGAGUCUGGCAACUGUUCCACAGGCAAGCCUGUCAGGUGGGAGGCAAUGUCCUUCCCCCACUGGGAGUGUCACUCAGCAGUCAAGCGUGUCGCAGACCUCGAUUAACCUCUCCACCUCUCCUACACCUGCACAGAUAAUCAGCCGCUCUCAGAGCUCCAACACCACCAGCAGCAGCAUCACCCAGCAGACCAUGUUGCUGGGCAGCACCUCUCCCACCCUGAGUGCCAGCCAGGCCCAAAUGUACCUACGAGCUCAGAUGCUUAUUUUCACUCCUGCGACCACUGUGGCUGCUGUCCAGUCUGACAUUCCUGUUGUCUCCUCAUCCUCCUCAUCUUCCUGUCAGUCUGCAGCUACUCAGGUUCAGAACUUGACGCUGCGCAGUCAGAAGCUGGGUGUGUUGUCAAGUUCCCAGAAUGGGCCACCAAAGAGCAGCAGCCAAACGCAGUCUGUGUGCCCCAGCAAGGCUGGCAGCAGCUCCAAGGGCAGCUCAGAGCCCCCAGAAAGCAGCAGGAAAGGAGAGAGCCCCGCCCCCGAGGGCCGCAGCACGGCCGUCACACGCACCUCCAGCAUCCAGCACCUCAUUGCACCAGCUUCAUAUUCUCCAUUGCAACCUCACUCUCUAGUAAAACAUCAGCAGAUCCCACUUCAUUCACCACCUCCAAAGAUCUCCCAUCACCAGCUGAUCCUGCAGCAGCAGCAGCAGCAGCAAGUGCAGCCGAUUGCACUGCAGACCCCUCCGGGCCCGGAGCCGCCUCCAUCCCAGCACUGCCUGCCGCUGCCCAGCCACGCGCCCGGCGGCGCCCCGUCCCACUGCUCCCCCAUCCACAUCCACCCUCCGCCGCUCACGCUCUCCCCCACCCCGUCCCAGUCAGCUCAGCAGUCCGUGGUGGUGUCCCCUCCGCCGUCGCACUCCCCGAGUCAGUCGCCCACCAUAAUUAUUCACCCUCAAGCCCUUAUCCAGUCCCAGGCCAGCUCCCUGGUGCCCGCGGCUCUGCAGGCCGAGCCGGCCGCUCCCGCGGCGGCCGCCGCCAACCCCGCGCGGCCCUCGCAGCCGCUCAGCCUCCCGCAGCACCUGCCGCUGCCGCCCUCGCCCGCCGUGCACAUCGGGGCCGUGGAGCCGCCCGCCUUGGUGUCCCCGGGCCAGCAGCUCGUGUCCUCCACGCCACACCAGCAGUACCCAGCCCUGCAAUCCGCUCCCAUCCCUCUGGCGGCUCCGCCUCAGCUCUCGGCAUCCUCAACUCAGAUUCAGCCGCUGCCCCUGCAGUCUGUGCAGUCUUUACAAGUGCAGCCUGAAAUUCUGUCCCAGGGCCAGGUUUUGGUUCAAAACACUUUGGUUUCUGAAGAGGAACUUCCUGCUGCAGAGGCUUUGGUCCAGCUGCCAUUUCAAACUCUUCCACCGCCACAGACCGUCGCAGUAAAUCUGCAGGUGCAGCCGUCAGUUCCGAUUGAAACUCCAGUGAUUUACCAAGUGGAGAAUGUGUGUGAGGAGGAGAUGCCUGAGGACUCGGAUUGUGUGCACAUGGCGAGAACACCUACACCACCCACCCUGUCCCCACCUGCCAUCACCCUGGGCAAUGGAGAGGCUCUCAGUUCAGAAGAUCCUUUGUCAGAACAUGGGGGACUGCCUUCAGUGACAUCAUCAGUCAGUGCCUCAGUAAUUAAAUCUCCAUCUGAUCCUUCCCAUGCCUCUAUUCCACCACCCCCUCUUUUGCUUCCAGCAGCAACGACAAGGAGCAACAGCACCUCCCUGCCCAAUAGCAUUCCCAGCCUAGAAAACAAACCUCCCCAGGCUAUUGUCAAACCCCAGAUCCUGACCCACGUCAUCGAGGGCUUUGUCAUUCAGGAGGGCUUGGAGCCAUUCCCUGUCAGUCGUUCAUCUUUGCUGGUGGAGCAGCCUGCAGAGAAGAGAUUGCUGGUGGAGGGUCAGAUCAUGAGUGUGGUGUGUGUUGAAUCAGACCUGCAGAACACAAAACAUGCAGACAACUCCUCAGACACAGAGAUAGAGGAUAUGAUUGCAGAAGAGGGACUGGAUGAAAUUGAAAAUGAUCUUCUGAAGUGUGAAUUUUGUGGAAAAAUGGGAUAUCCCAAUAAGUUUCUGCGGUCAAAAAGAUUCUGCUCCACAUCCUGUGCCAAAAGGCACAGCCUUAGUUGCACUAAGAAAUUUGGGCUGUUUCCAUCAGACAAGACCAGUCGUUGGAAUCGGAAGUCAGAUAGCCAAAGUCUUGGGCGGCGCGGGCGUCGGCCGAGCGGCCCUGAGGGGGCGUCACGAGAUCAUUUUCUUAGACAGCUUCCAAUUACUUAUCCAUCUGCAGAAGAAGAUCUGGCUCCUCACGAAGACGCUGUUCCGACGGCCAUGACCACGCGCCUGCGGAGGCAGAGCGAGAGGGAGCGGGAGCUGCGGGAGCUGAGGAUGAGGAAAGUGCCAGAGAGCAUCGACCUCUUACCUGUGGUGCAGACUGACCCCUCAGUGUGGACUGUCGAUGAAGUCUGGGCCUUUAUACAUUCUCUGCCUGGUUGUCAAGAUAUUGCAGAUGAAUUUAGAGCACAAGAAAUUGAUGGACAAGCUCUCCUUUUGUUGAAGGAGGAUCACCUUAUGAGUGCAAUGAAUAUUAAGCUUGGACCUGCAUUGAAAAUCUGUGCACGUAUCAAUUCCUUGAAAGAAUCCUAGGAGGUGAACAUGAAGGUUUAAACAAGAGUUUCUCAGUGACAGAAGCAACAGUAAUAUGCCAACAUCUUCACUGUGGCAUGAGUGUUACUGUGAUGUUUUGUUAAGUAGGUGGGACUCUCCCCACAUAAAGACUUUAAAAUGUUCCUUUGAUUAUACCAGGAGUCCUCUGUAGUUUUCAACAACUAAUAAGUUUAUAGUAAAGCCUGAGUAAUGCUUUGAGUUGAAGUUUUUCAUGGAAAAACAUGAAGUGAAAUAUGCUGUGGUAGGUUAGAUAUUCCCAACAUGUACUUCAUUUUAUGAGUUAUGAUUAACACCCCAGUCCCCACCCCAAUCUAGACACCAUUGAAAUCGUGUUGCUGUAUUCUGAAAGAUUUUUCCCACAUACAGCAGUGUUUGGACUGAACUAACAGAAGUGUCCACAGGCCCUGUGGAAGCACUAGUACCAGUAAAAUGCUAUGCAUUUAGUUGUGCUCUCUGAGUUUGUUUUAGUCUUGAGCAAAUUGUUUGUAAGGGGUAGGUUGGCAGCUGGUUUUCCUCAUGUAGGCUUACCCUCAUCUCUGCCACUAUAGUAUUUUCUUGAAGUCUGUAAAAUACUAUAAACCAUGUAGAUGUCUCAUCAAAAUCCUCAUGAUCAGGCUACUGACACUCCUGCCAGAGGUAACUGAAGCACAUGUUACUUUACUCUUUGAAUGCUGCUAUGCACUAAGGGGGCAUUAAGUGUUAGAUUGGUAGUUUCACAUGCUGCUAGUUAAGCUAGACCAGCAGUUCUCAAAUGGGGGUUCAGAAUGGACCUUGAGGAAGAGUGUGAGCUCUUGGGGUUCAGGUUCCCAAAUGCCUGGGUGUGAGGGGCUGAAAACUGCAGCCAGGACCAGCUCAUGUUGAGACAAGUUGCUCUAGAGACUGGGGGUAGAGAAGGGACAGCAUAACUCAGAUGUUCUUUUUCUUGAUACCUCUUCUAACAUCUUUCCCUGUAGUGCAUUCCCAUUGCCUCACUGGAAGCUUCCAAGCACCUUUUCCUUGUGCAGUGGCCGCUGUGAGCUGUGCUUGCAGUGCUCUGAGGAAGGAGCAGUGAGGCCCCCUCAGAGCUGCUGCUGCCAGGAGGGAGCCUGGAGCUGCAGCUCAGCAGGAGGAAUGCCAGUGUUGGCAGCUCUGGGAGAAUGUCCUGGUUUAGGGCAAAUUUGGGAGGAGCAGGCCAGAGAAAUAUCCAGGGGCCCUGCUUUGUCCCUCUGGCAGGAGAUUUUGCCUUGGAUGCUGCAGACCCAGGGGGUGGGAUUUUUGUGUCCCCCUCCAUCUGCCCUCUCUCCCACUCUGUGGAACAAAUACAUUUCCCCAGUUACUGAUGCUCUUGGAAGCUGCCUGGGCUCUGAGGCAGCAGCACCUUCUUGGCCUUUGCCUCCCCCACCUGUGCACGGAUGUUCAUGGAUGUGUUUUGUCCUUCUGUUCCCUCCCUUUUGCAGCUCCACUCCCCUUUUGUACAGACCUGGAUCCUUAAGCUCUUGUUUAGGGAAAGAAGGGUACAUGUGCUGAUAGUCAUUGUGUAUAUUGGAAUUAAAUAUGUGUACGUGUCUGCAAAUAAUGUAUUUUUUGUAUUUUAUGCAAAUUAAUGCAUAAUAUAUGAUUGUGUAGGGAGGUAUUCAGGGGGCUGUACAGUAUUCCUGAAGAGAAGAGGGACUGACCUAAAGUUUGAGAACUGCUGCCCUAGAUCAAAAGGAGUCAAUGCACAUACACUGGCUAAAAGGCAGGUUUGUGACAGACAGAUUAAUAUGUAUAUUAUUUAACUGAUGACCUUAAAGAGUAAAUUUGAAAUACAGAAAAAUCUGUGCUUCAUUUUCCUUUAAUUAGACUAUUGCUUUGUUUCCACUAACAGAUUUUCUACCAUUACCUUCUGGAGAUCAACAUUAGAGUCAUUGUUCUUAAUUACAGCUGUUUGAGCUUGCUAAUAGCAGAUGUUAUUAAUGUUUUUAUUAACCACUGAAGCUGCAAGUUAGGACAACACUUUGCAGCUGCACGCUGGUUUGUGGUGAGAACCCCUACCCAAAUGGCACCAAAGCUUUAGAGGAUGAAUUGAUGCCUGGGUUUAUUUUGGAGGGAAGUUGCUAAGCACUUUCUAAUUUGUUUUUAUUUUUUUCUAUUUUUGGUUACUGUUGUAAAAUAAACUUCUUAGUUGAAGUUCCAAUGUUUGCUAAUGUUCAUUUGAAAGACAUUCAAAUGAUGGAGACAGUGGGUUCCCAUUUGUAGCAUUUCUGUAAGAUACACAGUGUAGCAUAUCUGUAACAUAUGUUCUAAAGGAUAUGUUCUGUUUUGAUGAGCUAACUGAAGACUAAAGAUAUCUUAGAUAUUUAUCCUUUGGCUUUUGUCUUAAAGUUUUAUUAUUUUUAUACAGAAAUCUCACUGGCUAAUUUUUAAUCUGUCUUCUGAUUGUACUGUUCUUAGGCAAUGUAAAAAGUAGGGAUACAUAAAUGUGCUUUGAUAAUGGCUUAAGGUGUACUAGAAAAUGUGGACUUAGGGGUCUUGUUUAGACCUGUAGUUAAUCAGUGUUACAUGCAUGAGAAUUUCAUGGCUGCUUUAAUUUUGCUUUAUUAGACAGCUUUCAGGAGAGCUUCUGCAUUAGUGUUUGUGUCCAGCUCAGCCUGCAUCACUGCCAGGAGCUCAGAGCAGACCCCAGUAAGGCACAUCUGGUAUGUAACAUUCCCUGUGGGUUUGGGAGAGCCACAGAUAAUGAGUUAUGCUUUAAAUAUUCAUAAGUGCAACAGCUUGGAGUGUGGGCCUUAUGCAUAUUGAAAGUUUUUUUCCUUCUUCAGUGAUUUUGGCAAUUAACUGGAACUUUAAAGCAGACGUAGCUAUACCAUCCUCUGCUGAUAGAAGUGCACUUGUACAGGAGUGUUUGCCAGUGUAGCUGUGUCAAUAAAUUUUUUUUUUUAAAAAUCACACUUGUGUGUGAAAGUAGGCUGGAAAAUUUCCAAGUGCAACUGAAGUCUACUUGGGAAGCUUAUGAAUUUUCUCCAAAAAGCAAUAUAAUACUUAGAGUCCUCCAGAACCAUUUUAUGUACUGACCAUUUGCUGUUCAGAUAGGUGAGGUUUUCCCAGGCUUACACUGCCAUUUCCCAUGGCUUUCCCACAUGUUACACAUACCCUGUACCCUCUUGCAAAAGAAGAAGUAUUAAAGAUUGAAGUGUAUUUUAACACUUGUUCCCACAGGAUAUGUCUACAAGAAAUCUUUCUUAUUCUCUUUAUUUCCUGGGAUUUUGCUUUCUGUAUUCAGACUUGUGGUGUUGCAGGCUACCCCUCACAGUAAUGUUUGCAGUAUUUCAGCUUCUGUAGGAAUAGGUCAGAAGGGAGAUAGAUACAUUCCAUGGCUUUUCCCCUUCCUUUUUCUGCACCUCUCUCCAUCCUACCCUACUCCUUAAUGCAAACUGCAGCAUUAGCUCAGGGCAAGGCCCUUUUGCAGAGCACUGGGCUUGAAAAUGUCUGUCAGGAUUUCAUCCAAUAGAACAGAACUGAGACACUUGUCUCAGCUUCAGGGUUUGUUUGGGGUUUUAAAGAAUGAUCAGAAGGGGUGUGCAGCCUCCCCUGAUCCAUCUGGCUUGUAUCAGCAUCCCUGCUUUGCAGCAGGAGCAGGGCACUCCCCUGAGGAGGCUUGGCUGCCUCCACUGACUCCAAGUGCCAGUUUUGGCUCACCAGGGAGUGUCUGAAGGGGUUUUGAACAGGCUGCAUUGUAAAUCCAUUCUUUACCCACUAACCCAUCAUAUUUUUUCCAGAAAUGAAGUUCUUGAUGGAGGGUAAAGCCUUUGCUAGAUUUUUGUCAAUGAGACAAUUCAAAUACAACAUUUGAGUUCUGCAAGCAUCCAUUUCCUCAUUUUUUUCCUGUGAAAGCAGGUAUUUACCCCCUGACUUCCCCCUGUGCUUUGUCCAAAAAGGAAUCCAGCCUUUUGGAUAGAACAGAUUGAAUUCCUUUGUGAGUGCAGAUGUGGCAGGAAGAGGAAAGGAUUAAAGGGUGAAACCAACUGUUUGGGCAGAUCUGUGACAGCUUUUGCAUAAUUUCUGUAUCUUGAAGUGGAAGGAAAUAUUCAGGUACAAAACCACUGAAGUGUAAUUGGGAUGGAAGUUCAGUGUGAGGCUGGGCUGGGUGUGCUGUGGCACUGCCUGGCAUGGCAGCUACAACUGCUGCCAGUUCCAGAUGGAUGUUCUCAUUCUGAUAUCACAAUAUCCAUGCAGAAACUUCCACCUCAAGAGCUCCACAGAUUUCUUACACAGUGACAAAUCUACAGCUCUGAGUGAUCAAGGAAUUCAGUGACAGCUGUGUUGUGUCCUGGUUUUGCAAAUAAUUAGACAUCCCCAUAAUUUAUAACAUGAGUAGUUCUGAUUGUGCUGAGACUGCUCAUAUUAAACCUCAGCAUGUAUAAAAGCUUGCAGGGUUAUUUUCUCACCAGUUUUGUAUAGAGAUGUCCUGUUAGCAUAUCCUUAGAAAUAUAUUUGUCAUCAUUAACCAGGUAUUUCCUCAUUGAUUGUUCUAGGCUGCAGAUAAUGACUGUGCAAAGCAAUCAGUCUAGGGUAGUUUUUUAAUAUGCACCUGAAUUAGUUUAUUAGAGAUGAAGAGAAGCUAAUAUUUUAGUAUUUUGUUUUAAAUACCCUGUUCCUAUUCAAUGCUGAUUUGAACAGGCAUGAGCACAGCUAUCAAGGAAUAAUUUCAGUGUAAAGUGUUAAUUGCUCAUAGUGAAUUAAUUUUCAAGUCAGUCUUGCAUAGUGAGCUGUAGUUUCAGACAGGAAAUGCUGUAAGGAGAAAGAAAUUUCAAAUUCAUUUAAUGCUUAGCUCAUUUAAGAUGAGCCUAAAUGAAAUUUAUUUUAAAAGAAUUUACCUUUAGUCAUGAGGGGUUACUUAGACCUGAAAGGUUCUAUGUAGUUACAUACCUGGAUGGCCUUGCAAAUGGUGACAUUUGAAAAAGAGCCAGUAGUGAUGCUCCAGUGCAGCUGUGUGGGUUUUUCAGGAAGCUGUCCCUGGCCUGAGCUGAUGGAGUCAGGGCUGGGACCCAGACUGAGCCCCAAGGCAGUGAGCACACAGUUCCUAAUCCAUGAGAAUCAGCCUGGUUUGUUUUUACCAUCUUCAUCUCCUGGGAAAUCUGACAUUUCCUUCCCCACUUCUGAAAGUGGCAUUUUGCUCUGCUGGGUGUCAGCUCUGGGGCUGGGGAGUUUGGGGUGCUGCCUUACCCCUGGCUCUCAAAUCAGCACUUCCACGUGUGCUCCAUCCCAAGCUGCUGUGCAUGUUUGUGUCACCCCUGCACUAAAACACACACCUGCUCAUUCACUUGAAGGUUGCAUAGUAUUUUCUAAUCUCUUACAGCAAAGUGGAAGGGAAAAAGCAAAGUUCAGAGAUAUGAAUAUGCUGGUAAUUGCAGGUAUAUGGAGUAAGCUCAUAGUCCAGCUUUUGUAGCCAUGGAUUUAACUUUUCUGAAGCACAAUUCUGGGAGCCAGUGUAAUGAACAGAUUUCAAGUUAUUUUUUUUUACAUUUCCAGCAAGUAUUCCUGUUAAAUUAUCCAAAUAACUCUCUAGAGUAAGGAGCUAGAAAAACAAGAUUUUAAAGGAUUUUUUUUUUCCAUUUAGAAGUCAUUGUAACUUGAGCACAGUUGUGCAUUUGUAGAAUUGUGAUGAUAAACACUGUUUAAGUGCAAUACAUAACACUGAAGGAGCAUUUAAUUGUGUUUAUGAAGCGCUGCUUGGGUACGUGGGGUUGUUGACAGGCUUGUGGUGUUGCUGGGUAAUCAUCAGGGUGUCUGUGCUGAUUAUGGGAUUGGGCUUGAAGUACAAAGGUCUUUGAUUUGUGAGGUAGAUCUGCUUUGUGAGUGAAGCCUGGGCAGCCUGUGGAAGCCUUGUGGUGUCCUCCACUACCCAGCCAGCAUGCUCCCAUCCUCUGGCAGCUUCUGCAAAUUCAAUUCUGGAAAGAACAAUGAGGGAUUCUGCACACCCAGCUUCCUUUCCAAGUAGUCUUUGUAUUACAGAAUGCAUGUGUGUAAAGAGGAAGGGUUUUAUCAUUGAGUGCCAAAUACUCUAUUCAGAGUUGAAAACACAUAGAAUAUCUCAUUAAAAUCAAUGUUGACUUGUAAGAGAUUCUUUAAAUGAGAAAAGUACAGAAGUCUGCCAUAAAUGUUUAACACUUUAGCUGCUCUUAGCAUUAAUAUCCAUACUGUAAGGUAUUUGAAUGGUGUAAAGCCAUUAGAUGCUGGCACAGACAAGAAGUGAUGUACAGAGGAGUUGUAGCAGUGGUUAUCUGUAGUUCAUUUAUUUCAGAUAUUUCCAUGUUCCUGGCACAGCUUCUGUCCUCUGUGGCAGUGAAGCUGUCACCCUGUUCUACAGAGGGAGGGUUGGGACUGCCCAGAAGCACCAGGUUAAAAAAAAUGCAGAGGAAAAGAACAAUUUCUAGGAAGGCAGUAGGAUGGAGAUCACUGCACAGCUGGGGUCUCCCUCCAUGAAUGCCAAGGAUAAAAGUGGGCUGGCAAACAGAGUUACCAUAAAUAUCUUUUAAAACAGUCCCUUGGCAGGCUCAGGCACCAUGGCUGGAGGUUGCUGGAGACCUGCAGUGCCACUGUUGCCUCCUCAAUGGAGGUGACAGCCUAAAAGUUGACACUUUUCCACAAAAAGUAAGAAAGAAUAAAUUUGACAAGUAAUACAGUGAUGUAAGAUCAAUCCAUUAAUAUUUGCUUUGGCUGCAUGUUGUGGGUUCCCUGUAAAAAAUGUUAAAAACUUCAAGUGGCUUUAGGAGCACUGAGCAGCUACAGGAAUUCUGGCACGUUAGGGCAGAUGGGGUUGUGUAAACUUUAAUUAGGCCUUGGGAAGCUGAACCACACUGAUAAAUAAAACAUGUCAGCAGCCUCACCCAACUGGUUGCAGUUCCAGUUCUGUGCAUGUUAGUGAUUCAGAAGGGUGAGACUUACCAUGCAAAACACACCUGAAAUGAACUUGAAAAUAGCUUUUCCUUCAUCUGGUGUUGAACAAACUUUAAAAGAGGAAUUUCCCCUUGCCUGCCCAGUCUGUAGGAAUUAGUUAUUUCAUGAUUCUGAAAUGCCUGGUGCAUUCCUAUAGUUGAUGUAUUUGCUGAUUUUUAAAUGGAAUUAGGUUUUGUAAAUAUUUUGUCAGCCCCAUUUCAGUGGGUGUCCAGUUUCUAUAGAACCUGAAAAAUGCUGUGUCAAACCCUGUGUUUAGCCAUGGUUUAUCCUGCAGCAUCUCCAGCACCAACUAACAGCAAUUCCAGUUUGAGGGAGCAGGGAGAGACUGCUUAGGGCUGUUUUUCCAGUUAACAUUGCAUUUGUUUUCCUACUUUUAACAUGGAAAUAGAAUUUCCUCCAAGUACAUUUUCCAGCAUAAAAAAUGAAAUAAUUUGUAGUGCCAAACACUUCAAACUAUAUUGCUAAGCAUUGCCUCCUCUUAUUGCACUAGUUUUAAAAUUCAGAUUUUGAUCAUUUACUGUCCUUUUGAUGGCCUUUUAACCAGGAUUUCCCCCAGAACCAUUUUCUACUGCUGAAAAAUGCUUAUCCCCUUUUGAUUACAUCACAGAAACCUCAAAGCAAUUUACCACAGCUUGUGGAUGAAAGAAGCACUAUGUGGGGUGAAGUAAUAGAUCAAAAUAAUCAGAUUUGGUAUGUUUCAGAAAUCAAAGAUUAAUUUAUGAUCAAGAUGUUAUUGUGUAUUCUUAUGGAGUGAAAUACUGGAAUAUUCUUUUAUAAGAAAGUUUAACCCAUGUAGUAUUAAAUUCUGCAGUUAAAUCUAUCUCUAGAAUUGAUAUAUAAAAUAAAUUAUUACCCAAAAUUUAAAUUUUACAAUUGAAGAGCACACAAUGAGCUAUGUAAAAGUAUGAUCUUCACUUUGUGAAUCAUUUUUUAAGAAGCACUUUCCUAUUGCCAACUAGCAUGUGAAUGAAUUUUAGAUUCUCUCAUUUAUGAUCUGUAAAAGUGACAUUUCUUCAAUCUGUCUGUUAAUGGGUGAAUCCAUCCUACAAAUGCUGAAACAAAGCACCUUAUACUAUGCUGCUUAAACUUGCUUGUAAUUGCACCUUUUGUUAUCUGCAGAGUUUUCUUAAUGAGUAUUCUUGUGUGAAAUCAUUGUUCCCUGUGGGUCUGGGGGACAGUUAACCAACCUAUAGCAUCAUUUACUUAGUUUCUCUUUCAAUACAACAUUGUAUUGUGAGUUUAGUGCUUCAGAAAUAAAUGCUAAUUUCAUUUGUC